AUGAUCGUCAAAACCAUUUCAUCGAGCGCGAUCAGGAACGCUGAGACUGUUCUUUUCCGCAACGGUAAAGGUAACUUCGCAAAGAAGCGUUAUUAUCAUCAGCAACAACACACCCAAAGAAAUCAUCAUCAUCACGAGACACAUUUUACCUUCCCCCGUACAAAUACGAGACACAAAAGAACGAAAGCCUCUUCCGAUGAUGCAGAGGUGACAGAGAGUGAAGAUACGAAGGAAGAAAAAACAUUCACGGAAACCUUCGAAUCGUUCUUCGCAGAAAAGGAAGAAUCCAUCUCAGAAAAAGAAAAACGGUUGAACGAUGAACGAAAGAAAGAGCUGGAGAUGAAGCAAAGAGUGUACGAUCGAGACGGAACGUACGUCUCCGAAGAAGGGUCAGAUUUUUUCAAAGAUCCAGAACAGAUAAAAGCGGUGGGCAUUUUUUGCGCGUUCUUGGCGUCGUUUUUAAGUUUAGGGAACAUCGGCGCGGCGUUCUUGUUACCGAUAAUAUACGGGAAGCCGUUGCAGUCGUGCAUAGGAGGAAUAGUGUUUGGGUUACCGUGUCCUGGUAUUGACUUUUAA